AUGGAUUAAUUUAUUGCAUAAUUUAGUGAUAAAAAAAGUGGAACAGAUAUAAGGAAUGAUGUGGCAAAUAAGUAAUAUAAGAAUAUAUAUAUAUUAAAGCAAAGACAUGACUAUAUUAAUUUAAGCAAUGCGUAAAAUAAUGGGGGAAAAGAAUCCACCUAAAGAAUGUUUAUAUGGCUUGAAAGUGGUCAAGGAUUGUAUUGAAAAGUUUAACAAUAAAUUUAAAAAUUAAGUCAAAAAUGAAUUGAUUGAACUCAUAUAUGAAGUAGCUAUUUACAGGAUUCAAGUUAACGAUGAUUUAAGAGGGAAUACAUAUUUCGAAAAUCCAGAUGAUGAAAAAGCGAUUAAAUAAUUUGGAGCUAGUUAUAUACGAUUAGCAUUAGAUUGCAUCAGAGUAUGGUCCCUUUGGUUUCCUGACUUCAAAAUUUAUGGAGAGAGAUUAGAAAAAGAAUAAGGAUAUUUACCAGAUAUAGUCUAUUUCAAAUAAGAUUUAAUUAAUAAGCACAUUCCUAAAAUUUAAGUAGCUGCAACACUUCUUGAUGAUAAUGGAUCAAUUUAAAAUAAAAUGAGAUAAGUGAAUGAUCAAUUAAUUAAUUAUCUGUAAACUUAUACAGAAAUAAAUUCUUUCCUUUAAGAUGAAUUAGAAAAAAUAAAUAUUUAGAUUAUACAUUAGAUAUUUUAAAUAGUGAAAAUAUAAUUUUUAGAGAAAUACAUCUUAACAUAUCCUAAAUUAAAAUAUGGUAGAAUUUCUUAUGAAGAAUUUCGUAUGCAACUUUAAUCAAUUUUAUAAUAGAAUUAGGGUUGUCAAAAAGAGGAAUCCUAAAAAUAGUAAACAAUUAAUCAAUCUCCAUAAUAAAAAUAAUUCCAAUAAAUUUAGUAAAGUUAAAUAAUUAAAAAUGAUGAACAAAAAGAAAUUGAAAAUUUAAAAAGUCAUCUAAAGUUAGCAUAAUUAGAAUGUGAAAAAUUUCGUACUAACAUUUAAUAAAAUAAUAAAGAAAUAUAAGAGAUAUAAUUUGAACUUAAUAAAUAUAAAAUUGAGACAGAAGAUCUUAAAAUUAAAAAUUCAAAUGAUUCAUUAAAUUAUGAACGCUUAUUGAAGGGAUUUUAACAAUAGAUUGAUAAUUAUAAGCAUUUAUUUGAAUUAUCUUUAAAAAAGUCAACUUAAGAGUAAUAGGAAUUAAUUACUUAAUAUUAAUAGGAAUAAAAAUAAAAUUAAUAAAAGGAAAUAGAGAAUUUUAAUGUUGAAAGAAAUUCUCUAUUAGAGCAAUAAAAAAUAUAAUAAUAAAAAAGAGAUACUAAUAUUAGUGAAUAUGAAUAUAUGAUUCUGAAGUAGAAGUAUGAUGAUUUAUAUAAUAAGUAUAUUAUUUUGAAAGAAGAGAACGUUAAAUUCAAUUAAAUACAUUAAAAGUAUGGAGAUUAAAUAGAAAAUUAAAGUAAAAUAAAUUAAAGUCUUUCUAAAUAACAAAUUUAUUAAGAUAUAAAUUCUAAUGUUGUUUUUUAUAAUUGUAAAGGAUCUGAUAUUUAAAAAUUGGAAUCCAAUAAAAAUUAAAUUUAAUCGAUAAUAGAUUCUAAUAUGAAUGAUGUUUCAAAAUUAAUACAUCCUCAUAAAAAUGUUUCUGAUUAAUAUAGGUUAAAUAGAAAAAAGUAGUUUAAAGGAAAUUUCAUUAAUAGAUAUGAAUUAGAAUUAUAAUUGAAUUAAAUUAAUCUCCACAAUUUUAAGAAAGCUAGCUUAAAUAAAUUAGAUACACUAUAUUAAACAAAUUAAAUUGAAAUUAAAUCUAGAUAAUAACUAAUCUAUGAUUAAAAUAAAUAAGAAUUUGUGUCCACAACUAUCAGCAUAACAAAUAAGGGAUUAUAAGUUAUUUAAUUUGAAAUUAAAGAAAAUAAUUAAAAUAUAUAGGUUAAUAAAGAAACUAAAAGCACUUUGAUUUAAUCACAACAGACUAUCAUUCAUGAAUUCAUAAGAGAACCAAAUGUUAUGCUUCAUAAAUUAACAUAAAUAAACAUUUCUGUUAAGUAAUACUUCAAUAUUAUAUUAGUUUUGAUAAUUCUAUACUUUAUCUUCCAAGUAUUUUAAUAAAUUGUAUCAAAUUUAAUCCUAUUGAAGCUAUUUCUUUCAAAUCAAUAAAAAAAUAUUUUUCAGGUAAAAUUUUAGCAACUUAAUUGCUACCAAUAGGUUGUAAAGCAGAAUUAAUAUAAUUAAGUGAAUAAGGACAACUUUUGAAUUAAAUGAAAUUAAAAAAUAAAGAUUCAAUAAUUGAAAGUAAAUAUGGAUUUAAAGCUGUCUUAUAAAAUUAAUUAGAAUUUUAUUUAGAAUUAAUUAUUACACCUUGUGAUGAAUUUCUAUUUAGAGGAUUCACACCCUUUGAUGAAGAAAAAUUGUAAUUCAUUUUAAAUGGCUUAUCAAAUUUAUACAGUUGA